AUGUCUCUCACCGCGCGUGAACGCCGCAAUCCGCCAACUCGGCGGAAAUCCUGCGCCGCCUGCACCAAGGCUAAGCGGCGUUGUGAUUUUGCCAUGCCAGCAUGUCUUCGGUGUUCACAAAGACACAUCCACUGCCAGUACCCGACCCGAGUAAUGAGAGAGCAGCCUGUGUCUUCAUCGGAAGCAUCGGUGGUGGCCGUAUCUCCUGACUGCCUUGCCACUGACGACUCGUCUCCUCAAAUAACAGAGAGUCUAUCAAGCGAUGCCCCAAUAAUCGAAGAUUUCAAUGCCCUUAUUUCGGGACUUGAUGCAUGCUCUGGCGAUCCUGGAGUACUCGAGUUUCCAUUGGAGGACAAUACGUUGAAAUUUAUUGAACAGCCAUGGACAUUAACUGCACCUUCGACAAAAGACUUUUCGCAUGUUCCCGAGCGCAUUUUGAAUCGUCUCCAAUGGGCUGUUGAUGAAAUAAAGCGAUCUCCUGAGAAGAUGGUUCUUGAAAACCAAACUCCUUGGUCCCAUCCACUCCUUUACAAAGAUGGAAUGCCUAGGUCGAUACAAGAUGCUCAUUCUUCCUGUGCUCUGUACAUGGCCAAGAAUCGAGUGAACUCUCCGAUCAUAUUUCGUAGUAUAGAAUCUCGCGUCAACGACCUCCUUGCAGCGCCGGCACCAAUAACUCCAUUGGAAUGUCUGGCACAUACGCAAGCUCUUAUUCUUUACCAAAUUAUUCGGCUAUAUGAUGGCGAUAUCGGGGCUCGUGCAUCAGCAGAGCGUAUCAUCCCAACUAUAGAAUCCUCUGCAGUAUCGCUUUUCUCUUAUGCGCAAUUCGACAUAGACGCAACGGCCAUAACCCUUCCUACAUAUCCAGUAGCGCCAACGAAGGCAUUUUGGCAAGACUGGAUUCUACAGGAGUCUCUACGUCGCACACUACUAUUUUCUUUCUAUUUUGUCCAGGCAUAUCGCAUUAUGGCUGGCUGUAAAAUACUGCAGUGCGAUGGUAGGCUUGGUUUGUGUCACGCUUGGACGUUGUCGGCGCAUUUGUGGAAUGCGACGACGCCGUUAAGUUUUGCCGAAGCUUGGAGGGACAAAAAUCAUUUUGUUGUGACGAAUGCCAUCUUUUCGGAAGUUCUGACUGAGGCGCAAGCGGAUGAUAUUGAUGUCUUUGGCAAGAUUAUGAUAUCGAGUCUCCUGGGACAAGAUGAGGCCGAAGGGUGGUUUGCGAGCAGGGGAGGAAAGUUGUAG